ACAGCAGCAGCAGCACUCAGUCAGCAGCAGCAGCAGCACAGUGUGUGUUUAUGUUCAGAGCUGCAGGGGGAGAGCGGAGCGCCGCCGCCGCCGCCGCUGCUGCACUUAUUUAUGACCUGCCGUCUGUGGGGAGAAUUUAGAGAGCAGGGGUUUCACGAAACCGGGUCAGAUACAGAAACCGGGUCAGACCCAGAAACACAGCGCGCUGCUCGCGUGUUUAUUCUUCUGACAUUUGAAAGAACUCCUCAUACCUUGCCUUUGUUAGCAACUUAGCAACUGGGCUAGCUAGCUGUAGUAUUGUGUGUGUGUGAACCGUUUUAUUGAGCUAACGGCUAACAGACCAUUUUUACAGUUUUUUAAUUUAAAAUUAUUAACGGCUGUAACGGACUCCUCUCUGAGAAACGACUAGAAGAAAAGCGGUGCAUACAACUAAAGAUAUAAAAACAAGAAACCAGCGAAUUUGGUUCAUGCAGCAGCAGCAGCAUUGACGACAACAGUGAUGAAGUUGGCGGCGAUGAAGCUGAGACAGAGCUGAGACCGACUGUGUGCUUGUGUAGUGCUUUUAGCUGCAGAGGCAGAACACACACACGCACGCAGGCAUACACACACCGUGCCCAUGUUUUCCCCUGAGCAGGAGAACAUCUCCACCUCCUCCACCAAAGUGCCAAUCAAGUACGGAGAGCUCAUCGUACUCGGGUACAAUGGCUCUCUGCCGAAUGGAGACCGCGGCAGACGGAAGAGCCGCUUUGCACUCUCAAAGCGGCCUAAAGCAAACGGAGUCAAACCCAGCACUGUCCAUGUAGCCUGCACACCACAAGCAGCCAAGGCCAUAAGCAACAAGGACCAGCAUAGUAUCUCCUACACCCUGUCUCGAGCUCAGACGGUAGUGGUGGAGUACACUCAAGACAGCAAUACAGAUAUGUUUCAGAUUGGGCGUUCCACUGAGACUCCUAUAGACUUUGUGGUGACCGACACAAUCCCAGGAAGCCAGAGUAAUUCAGACACACAGACGGUCCAGAGUACCAUCUCUCGUUUCGCCUGCCGCAUCAUGUGCCAGCGGACACCGCCCUACACUGCCCGCAUCUAUGCUGCUGGAUUUGACUCCUCUAAAAACAUCUUUCUUGGGGAGAAAGCAGCUAAAUGGAGAACAUCGGACGGACAGAUGGAUGGCUUAACCACGAAUGGCGUGCUGGUGAUGCACCCGCGGCACGGCUUCACUGAGGACUCUAAACCGGGCGUGUGGAGAGAGAUCUCUGUGUGUGGGAAUGUCUUCACGCUUCGUGAGACGCGAUCUGCUCAGCAGCGGGGGAAAAUGGUGGAAAGUGAGACACAGGAGCUGGUGGAUGGUUCACUGAUUGACCUGUGCGGCGCUACGCUGCUGUGGCGUACGGCUGAAGGCCUGCAGCGCACUCCCACCCUCAAGCACCUGGAGGCGCUGCGGCAGGAGCUGAACGCAGCGCGGCCGCAGUGUCCCGUCGGCUUCAACACGCUGGCCUUCCCCAGCAUGCGCCGCAAGGACACGGUGGACGAGAAGCAGCCCUGGGCCUACCUGCACUGCGGCCACGUGCACGGCUACCACAGCUGGGGCACGCGGGACUCGGGGGAGCGGGACGGAAGCCGGGACGGGCGAGAGCGCGAGUGCCCCAUGUGCCGAGCCAGGGGGCCGUACGUGCCUCUGUGGCUGGGCUGCGAGGCGGGGUUUUAUUUGGACGCGGCUCCGCCCACCCACGCCUUUAUUCCCUGUGGUCACGUGUGCUCAGAGAAGACAGUGGCCUUCUGGAGCCAGAUCCCGCUGCCCCACGGCACGCACACCUUCCACGCAGCCUGCCCGUUCUGUGCCCAGCAGCUGAGUGGAGAGCAGGGAUACGUCAGACUCAUCUUCCAGGGACCUGUGGACUAGCCAUGCUGACUUUUAACUAUUUAGGGACGAUUUUACAGAAUUGGAUUAUACUGAGCGGAGCUUCUGCACUCUCUGUUUUUCUGUCUAUUUAACUCUCUCUGUCUCACUCUCACACUCUCUCUGUCUCACUCUCUAGCUGCGUUGACAUUACAGGUAAAGCUUGCAGUGCACAACAAUGCAACACCACCUAUGCUACGGAGGAACAACACGCUCUUUUCAUAACAAAUUAACAACACUGUUUUAUUAAAAUGGCUAAAUAAUUACCGGUAAUUCUGUCAUAUGGACAGGGUUAGCAUUUAAAAGGAGAUGAUUGUACCCACUCAAAAUAAUCACAACCUAACUAAAUUUCUGCAGGAUAUACAUGCACAACACAAGGUGGCACUCAAGCACUGUGAGCAUUGUCCAGAACUACCUUGCAUUUCACACACUAAACAUUUUAAGAGUUUUAAGCCAAUUUGAACUUGAAAAGGGACUCACAAUUAAGAGAAAUCAGUUUCUCUGAUUUUGCAAUUUAUUGGUAUAUGUUUGAGUAAAAUUAACAUAGUUUUUUAAAUCUAUAAACUAUGGACAGCAUUUCUUCCAACUUCCAAAUCAUUAUUUGGUGGAAAAAUCCUGUCUUUUAAUCACAGUUUUCAUGCAUCUUGGCAUGUUCUCCUCCACCAGUCUUACACACUGCUUUUGGAUAACUCUAUGCCACUCCUGGUGCAAAAAUUCGAGCAGUUCAACUUGGUUUGAUGGCUUGUGAUCAUCCAUCUUCCUCUUGAUUAUAUUCCAGAGGUUUUCAAUUUGGUAAAAUCAAUACAUAUAUACAUAUAAUACAUAUAUACAUAUAAUGUUUACUGGCUGUUUCAAAAAAUCAUUAUUAUGCAGCAGUUGGAGUUUUUUGUUGCUUUUUUCAUCUUUAGUACGUACUCGUACCAAACCAUGAGGCCCAAAUCACGAUGUGAACAUAAUCAUGCAUUAACUUUACAAUUACACCCCUGAUAUAUGCUUUUAGCUGCAGGUUUACAAAAUAAAAGGAUUUAUUCUAUCACUACUGCAAUAAUGUAAUGAAUUCUCUUACAAAUUUGACUGUUUUUUCUGUUGUAUGUGCAUCAGGGUUCAGGCUCUUGUGUACACGACUCCAGACAAACUCUGUUAGUUCUCCCAAACUGAAAAUAGCCCAUCAGAUUUUUUUACAUUUGUUUGGGCCUCGUUCAACCCUGUGGCUCCUGGACGGUGUUCAUUUGGAGCACUGUGUACCAUUAAAGCAAGUGAUAAGGGACAAGUCUUGCAAUGUGAACGUAGCCAUUUUCUCUCUCUCUCUCUUUUUCUCUCUCUCUCUUUCCUCUUCAUCCCACCUCUCCUGGACUAUUGAACUGUUUUUAUUUCCUCUGCUUUAUAAGUGACCUUUUUUAGUGAAUUUUUCUUAAUCCAGAAGAGAAAUAUAUAUUUUCAAGUAAAACAAAAAUAACUAAAACAAGGCAAAAAACAAACGAAAAAAAAAGACAAUAAAAAGAAAAAUUAAAUGGGGCUACACAAAAAAACGAGUAGGAACAACUGAGCAACUACAGGAAUCUCUACCGUUUUUGAAAUGGACUGAGAGGACCUGAUGAUGAUGAGAGGGUGUGGUAAUGUAUACAGUGUUUCUUUGCUAAUAUGCUAAUAGAAUACCGUUCUACUCAGCCCUUUCAACUUUAGUGAUGCAAUACCCAUACUUUAUAUGAGUGUCUGUGACGAGCUAACCAUUACAACUAUUUACACUCAGACGUCAGAUCCACCAUUAUAACCAUCGUGAAUGAAAAGAAGGAUGCGUUUGGAGUUUAGAGAAAUGUUUUUUUGUUGUUGUUGUUGUUCAUGUAAAUCAGAUAUGCCUAACUUAAAGAUACCUAACAUUUUUAUUUAUACAUAGUAUCAAAGUUAAUCAAAUGUAAAGGUGUAGGUGUGUGUUUUUUUGGAGUUACACUUUGUGUACCUGUCCUUUUUUUUUUUUUUUUUUUUUUGCUGUUUGUUUUUUUAUCUUUAUUUUCAUCAUCCGACAUGUAGUCUAAGAAAUUCAGCGCUGUGUUCAGCCCGGCUGUGUGUGCUCAGUUUUUGUGUAGCUCACACACUCGCACAAGUGUGUGGUGAAGACUUCCGCUACAAGCAAUAUUAGCUGAGAGUGAAAGGAGAUGAAAAGAUUGGACUGUAAUUUUAAAGGCUUGGAAUGGAAGAUCUACCAUGAGUGAAAUAAACCAUAGCUGAUGGUUUAAAAUGGUAGUGUUACUUCUGGGGCAUUGGGGGGUUUCAUAACUUAAAAUGAGGCAUUUUCAUGUGUUUUUAUUGUCCUUUCACCCUGGAUUUAGUUUGAAGCACUCCAGGUACGCCUUAAAGAUGAUGUUGAACCAGAUUAGCCUUGAAAUUAACACCACCUAACUAAUAUUGAUUGGUUCUGUUUUGUGCUACAACUACAGAUAUAGAGAUUUGAUAGAGCAUCAGUGAACUCUGUAAAUGGUUUACUGGUUGUUCUUCCUCUGAGCUCUUUUGGUACGUACUAACCACUGCAUACUGGGGAAACCACACAAGAUCUGCCUGAUGUUUUGAAGAUGUUCUGACCCAGUCAUGUGGAAAACAGCUGAUUAACAGUGAUUUGAGAUGGAACCAUAGCAGGUUUUGUUAUCUACUGAUUAAGCAAUAAUACACAAGAGCAUGUUACAGCACAACCCUAGAGUGAAUUGUUGCGAUUAUACCACAGUUCCAUUAUCCCUGUUUAUUGAAAGAUUUAAGAUUUAAAGAGUUAAAGAGGAUGAGAAAAUAUGAUCUGUUCGGUUAUAAACACUCCGCGAGUUAAAAUAGUUUCAUUGCUGCUCUGCUUGUAGCUGCACUGUUUGGCUUGUAAGCACUGUAUCGUUGCUAGGUUACCUGGCAUACAUAUAGAACUUCGGUUACAGUGCAUUUCCGGCUGAUAAUGACACUCGUUGAACGCCUCUCAGCCAAUCACAUUGCAGUGUUGGAGGUAACUGUGGUAUAAUAGCUAAUAAUGUUUGCCCUAUUAAAAUACUGUAUUUAACCUAAAAUAUUUUAGAAUAUUGAUCAUAUAUUUACCUUCCAUACUAAGACACUUAACUGUACAACCAUUACUGUGUUAAUAUCAGCUAUGCACUAAAUAUUUAGCUAAAAAAAUCUGCAUUUAGCCAAUCCUACCGAACAUUGACAAUAUUGUGGAUUUGAUCAAAUCAACCAGCAUUAAGUGAGGCAUCCUUAAAUGCAGCAAACACUUUAUUAUAAAACUAUAUAUAACUGCAUGAAACGUAUGUCUGAAACUUCUGAAAGUGCUACAAGCAAUUCUGUGGCAUUUUAACCUAAUAUCCUGUGCUGUAUUGGUUCCAUCUCUGAUGUUAACACUGUUAUAUUGCUUCAAAACAAACAGAACUCUGAUGUGCUUAGCACUUUUUAGUUGUUUAUUAAAGCAAUGGUCCCCCUCACCAAAAUCUGAAGUGAGCCAGCCCAUGUCCAUCCAUGAUCCAAAGAUUAAGGGUAUUGAACAGAAACGGUCCCGGGAAAAAAACCCAAUAACUCCAGAAAGAAAAAGUAAUUUCUUUAAUAUAGCCUCUACACUGAACCCAUCCAUGUUGCUGAACACACACUAGAAAGCAAUUGCAGCAUGCCUGCUGUAGGGGCAUUGAACACACCUCCUAGGGAGCUGAGCACCCAGGGAUUUUUUGGGGCUUUUAACUGUGAAUAUUGAGGGAAGGGACAGCGCUGUUCCUUUACUCCCUCCUACCUCCUCCCUCCACUCCCACAAGGGGAUCAAACCUGCAACCUUCUGGUUACAAUCCCAGUAUUACAACUUAUAAGCCAUGGCUGCUCCCAGUGGAAAGCUUUAGAAGUGUUGAUGCAAAACCUCUCUUCCUUUAAGCACAGGCCAAAGCCACCUGCCCUAAUGCCCUGGUGUUGCUUUUUAAAGAAGUGUGUGUGUGCAAGUGUGUGUAAGUGUGUAAGUAAGCCUUAUUGUCUUUGGGUCGCUAUUCUGAUGAUAUCAUUCUGAUGUAAAACAAAAGGAUAUAAUCACAUGCCCAUCUGUAUUUCUUUAUAUGCAGAGGUUCUUUGAUCACAUAUAUCACUCCUCCACUACAUGAUUCCUGUUUGAUUGAAGAGAUGGACAGAAACUUUGUGGGAUUAGAACAAAGACAUUUUUGGGGAAUUAUUCAAAAAGAUUAAGCUUAGUCAUUUUUAAUUGGGAUUUUAUAUUAUAUAUUGUUUUUAAUCAUGAACAUUAAUACCUGCUGUAUUCUUUCAUUAGUGUUAAGGUGCUGUACAAGCACUGCAACAGAAGUAUUGGAUCUCUUUUAGUAAACAUAAAGUGUGUGUGUGUGGAGGGGUGUGUACUAUAAAGUUACACUAAUCAGCCGUAACAUUAAUAAUAUUAUUUAAACCACCUGCUUUUAGCCUUGUGUAGUUCGUAAUCCAGCUCAUGCCACCAAACCAGCUCAGACCCAUCAGAGCACCCAUUCCAAAAGACCUCUGAAGGUGUUCUAUGGUCACCAUGUCUUCACUUCUGUCAUCAUGAAUAACCUUAGCACCAGAUCCACUCUCCAAUUAGCAUUGUCUUGGGCUCAAGCUCCUUCAUUUGGCUCUACUCAAGAUGUCUUAUAUUUUUAUGGUGCACCAUUUUCCUUCUUCAACACAUAAUGUUGCAUUUCAGAACCAAUGUAUUUAUCCCUAGACAAGUUUUAAUGUUAUGGCUGAUUGAUGUAUAAUGAGUCAGUGGGUUGUAGAUAUACGUUUUUUUCUGAACACUAUUUUCCUUUAGUGGAGGUUUUACUUUGCAUAUGCUGAAUGAAUGUGGAAUGGAGCAAAACUUGAAGUGGACCUUCAGAACUGGAGUGUGAAACAGUGUUCCAGCCGAGGACCCAAUUUGUCUCAUGGUCAUUAAGUCACAACCCACUUUUAUAGAAUACAAACAAAUUUAUUUUUGAAAAAUAGCCUUCUAAACUCAUUUAAACAUACAUCAUAAGAUAUUAUUUCAUAUCUUAAGAAACUGAGGAGGAACAUGCCGACUACAUGUAUAAACGUUACAAUAAAAUGUAAAAAUCAAAACUGCACAACAUAAAUAAGGCCACAAAAUUAGAUUUUUCACUUCUUUGCAUAUCUUUGCAUUCAGAGUACUCUUUUACCCCAAAAUAAAAGACAAGUACAAAAUCAAAUGUGCGUUCAUUAAAAAAGAAAAAAAUAAUGUAUUUAUUUUUUACAAGCUCCAAACCCCACCAGUUGAGCAUCGCCGCUCUAGACUGCAUGUGCUUGUGUGUGUGAGUGUGUAAGUGUGUGUAAGAAAAGCAGCCCGUGGUUGGCGUAUGUCCUGCUCCCCAGGGUGAUGCAUCCUGCCCAAUCCUUCAGCUCAGGGUGAACUCUCACUUUCUGCAGGCCUAAAUGAAGUCUCUCCAAUGAAGUUGGCUACUGACCUGUUCGCUAAUUUACUCUUAGGCUGUUUUCACAUUUGCAAUUUUUACUCUGGUUUGUUUCCACCUCUAAUGCAGAUUGUUUGGGAGAAUGUGAACGCAGUAGUUGAAAUCUGGUCCGGACCAAAACCGCUUUGUUUAAAUCUUUAAAAGGAGGUGGUCUCGGUCUGGUCCCAAACAAACUCCCGAAUCAAAUCGUGGUCUGUUUGUAGUGAUGACAACCAAUCUGACCUUCUGACCUCGAUCUGAUCCAAUCCAUUCUACAGGUGUAGUCUAAUCUGGUAUAUUACACAGAUAAUCACUGCAGUUAUAAAUAAAUGCCAUUUCUGCAGUUAAUCUGUGCUAAACUCCACUGAAAAACUGCAGUAGUUUAGAACACAGAACCUUCUUACUGUAUUUAAUUUUUUGCUGGUUUAUUGUGACACUCUUUGGUGCGCAUGGAUUUUUCCCUGUGUGAAAACGAACCAAAUUAAGAGUAAAACGCAACAAAUCAAGUAAACUGAUUCAAAUCAGGUUAAACAAAAAACUGUAGGUGUGAAAACGCUCUCAGUCGCACACGCUAAGCUCAGCGCUCUUCCUGAAGCCCUUUACCAGCUAUACACAUUUCCUAGUAAUGAGCACCACAGCCAAGGAUACCUCACUGACAAAAACACUCCUUUUCCCACCUAUAUCACUCUUUUCUUUCUCAUUCAUCAGAUUUUAACUUCACUCUCCACCAUUUCUCUCAGUAAUGGAGAAACUUGUCAAGGGCUCUCCCCCACAUCACUUCACCUUGUUUUGUUUGUUUGUCUGUCUGUCUGUGUUUGUUUUGUGCGCAUGGUCCCUGUCCUAACUCUGUUCUUUAGUUCUGCCUGUCUCUGAAGAGAAUCCUCUUGCUUUUACGGCUAAAAGCUGAGAAUGUUUCUGAUCUGAUGGUUUUUGUACCGACUUUAAACAAUAAAGUUAUAAAAAAACA